CGCCGCCAUAGUAACACAAUUACAUCUCAUUAUUGCUUCUAAAAUCUGUUUCUUUAAUUUUACUCUCGCCAAAUAAUUAUACACACAAACUUGCAAAAUGGCCAAAAAGAAGGAAGCAGUGCAGAUAUCAAAGGGCGCCAAAGACGCAGUCGACGCCAAAGGCACCAAACUGAAGGCAGCCAGCGCCGUAGUCGUCCGCCACAUCCUAUGCGAGAAGCACUCAAAGAUCAUGGAGGCCAUGGAAAAGCUCAAGGCUGGUACAGACUUUGGCAAGGUCGCUUCCGAGUACUCCGAGGACAAGGCCAAGGUGGGUGGCAGUCUGGGCAGGAUGCCGCGCCAUUCGAUGACAGGCCCAUUUGAGGACGAGGCGUUUAGGCUUGUGCCGAGCACAACGAGCAAGCCGAUAUACUCGGACCCGCCAGUCAAGACAAAGUUUGGCUACCAUAUUAUCAUGGUGGAGGAUCGGAUCAAAUGAAGCAGCGGCUUGCGUUGUCUUUUUUGGUGCAUGUGAUUGGCCCCUAUAAUACCAGCGCCGGCGAUGCAGGCGGGUACUCGUAGCGAUGGGAAUUCGGACCGCAGCGCUGUUUUCUACUUUUUCUUUUUCUUUAUCUAAAUCUGCAACUAUAGUUGAUCCAUGUCAGAUGUGGCCGGUUUUGGCGCUUGGAGAGAACCGGCAUUCUCGCUG